CGCAGGGUCAGUGAGACUUUUUUUCAUAACAUGUAUUACGCGAUCUGACCAAAAACGCUGCAAUUUACAUAUAUUUGUAUUUGUGCCUUUGCAUAAGCUCAUUUUUUAUAAAUGGUUUAUUCCUCCUGGACCAUUAUUUUAUAUAAUACGUGUAAUUUAAUAUUUAAAUGGACCUAUUUCCGCGCCUAACGUUGACAGGCAGUGCUUAGGUCUCUCCUAAACAUGGCCACCAUGAUGGAGUAAAUGCUUCAACUUUAAAUUUCACAUUUUCAGAAGAAAACUUAAUUUUCUGUAUUCUAACAGGAAUGUUCCAACGGAAGAAAUUAUGUCAAACAUAAUCCAUAUGAAAUAUUUGAAGAAAGUUUAUUGUUGGAUUUAAUACUGGUUUAAGUUGGCUGGAAGCUGGAAAGGAAAAAAAAGAAUUGCAUCAAUUCCGUAAGCGUUUUCUUUUCUCUCGAUAGUUUUAAAGCUUUAACAAACCUUUUGUGGGAAUUUACAAGUUGUGGAUAUAUCAUUAUUGCAAUAAUUUUACUGUGAAGAAUUCAAGAAACGAUUGGGAUGUAUAAUAUCAUUUUGAUGCGUUUUCCAGUGGAAAGUGAAUCUUGGUGGUCGAAAGGAGAGUAGUAACGUUAAUGUUAACUGGUUGACGUACUUUUAUAAGGCAAGAACCGAAGAAUACAUAAAGGAAUAUAUCAGUUCAUGUAUGGUUUUGAGGCGCCGAAAGUGCACCGGUCGUUUCCCCAUAUUUUUGAAUUGGUGGAAGAUCGAAUCAACGAUACCCCCCCACCCCACUUAUAAUAAACGAAAGUAUUACAUUUCUCAUAUGGCUUUAAAGGUCAUGAAGGAAAUUCAUCUACACUUCUAGGGUUUAAAAGAAUGUCAUCAGAGUAUAAGAGUCUGGAUCCCUCUGACCACGGACCGUCUCCUCCCCUGAGCAGCACUGGGGGGGGCUCCCCCUCAGACAGCCCCUCCCCUGCCUCCACAGACAGGCGCCCCCGUGGCCGGCCUCGUAAGGAUGCAGGCGCUCCCACGCGAGUACCCACACCUCAAAAGAAGGGUCGUAGCAGAGGCCAGUCCCAGGCUGAGGAUGAGGACAGCAUGGACGGGACGGAGACCACUGAAGCCCAGAACAUGCAGGAGAUGGAAGUUAAGGAGCUGGUCCUGGAUGUUGAGGAGGUCAUCGUGCCCCUGUUGUCCAGCCCUGUGCCCAGCCCUAGGGACGACAGACCCCUUUCUCCACUAUUCCAGCGCUCUGUGUCGGAGGACUCAGCAGGAUCCUCUGCCUCGGCCUUGGAGCACGCCAAAAUCCGUGAAAAGCUGUGUGCCUUCUGCUACAGUGGGGAGAAGAGUUUCCUGGGCCAGGGCGACCUGAUGGUGUUCGGCCCCACGCCCGGCUACGUGCCGCUGCACAUCCGCAACCGCCGCGGAAGCUCGGAGAAAGACGACGACUACCACGAGGACGACUUCCAAGAUGACGACCACGACACCAAGAGCCCGGGGCAGCGCGACGGCGGGAGGGGGCUUAAAAAGGUCAGCUCUCCGGACAGUGGUCUACACUCCUCCUCGGCACCCGGCAGCACGGACCCAUUCAGCGAGGAGCCGGCCCCCAAGUUCUGGGACGAGCUUGGUCAGAUCGGCCUCCCCGACGACAUCAACGUCCAGUCCCUGUUUGACCCCACAGGCCAGUGCUGUGCCCACCUGCACUGUGCCGCCUGGUCCGAGGGGGUAUGUCGCGGCGAGGCCCAGGACUCACUGCUCUAUGUGGACAAAGCCAUAGACUCUGGGAGCACAGAGUGCUGUGCAUACUGUAAGCGCCUUGGGGCAUCCAUCAAGUGCUGUGAGGAGGGCUGCUGCCGCUCGUACCAUUUCCCCUGCGCUGCCGCCGCCGGAACAUUCCAGGACCUGCGCCGACACACCCUCCUCUGCCCCGACCACCUCCAGCUGGCCUCACAAACAUCUAAAGAGGAGGUGAAGUGCUUGUUGUGUGAUAGUGCUGGGGACCUGCAGGACCAGCUCUUCUGUACCACGUGUGGGCAGCACUACCACGGGGCGUGUUUGGACGUGGGUGUUACCCCCCUGAAGAGGGCCGGCUGGCAGUGCCCCGAGUGCAAAGUCUGUUUGACCUGCAGGAACCCGGGAGAGGACAGCAAGAUGCUGGUGUGUGACAUGUGUGACAAAGGCUAUCACACCUUCUGUCUCCAGCCUGCCAUGGAAUCCAUCCCCACCAAUGGCUGGCGAUGCAAGAACUGUCGGGUGUGUUCUCAGUGUGGGGUCAGGCAGGCAGGCCACUGGGGCCACAACAUCACACUGUGUGAGAGUUGCCACACGCGACCGGAGGAGCCCGCCCCCGCUCUCUCGUGUCCGCUGUGUGGGAGGGGCCAGGGUCCCAGCGAUGUCCCCAAGGAUGACCACCUCAACUGCAAUACCUGCAAAAGGUGGCUUCAUGGGGAGUGUGAGAAGCAGGCAGGGGGCGACCUGGACCUUCACCCCCAGGCCGACUACGUCUGUACACAAAGGGACAUGGUGGAAACCCCGGCCAGCCCCAUCCAGGAACCCACAGAACCAGAACCAGAACCAACUAUGGAUGUCUUUAUGGCUGUGGUGGAGGUGGUGGUGCCGCUUUUGCAAGAGGCGUGCCCUAGCCCUCGGCUGGAGCAAGAGGCGUGCCCUGGCCCUCGGCUGGAGCAAGGGGCGUGCCCUAGCCCUCGGCUGGAGCAAGGGGCGUGCCCUGGCCCUCGGCGGGAGGAAGGGGCGUGCCCUAGCCCUCGGCGGGAGGAAGGGGCGUGCCCUAGCCCUCGGCGGGAGGAAGGGGCGUGCCCUAGCCCUCGGCGGGAGGAAGGGGCGUGCCCUAGCCCUCGGCGGGAGGAAGGGGCGUGCCCUAGCCCUCGGCGGGAGGAAGGAGCGUGCCCUAGCCCUCGGCGGGAGGAAGGGGCGUGCCCUGGCCCUCGGCUGGAGGAAGGAACGUGCCCUCUAAAGGAGGGAGAGGCGUGCCCUCUAAAGGAGGGAGAGGCGUCCCCUAGCCCUCGGCUGGAGCAAGGGGUGUGCCCUGGCCCUCGGCUGGAGCAAGGGGAGUGCCCUGGCCCUCGGCUGGAGCAAGGGGAGUGCCCUCUAAAGGAGGGAGAGGCGUGCCCUAGCCCUCGGCGGGAGGAAGGAGCGUUCCCUAGCCCUCGGCGGGAGGAAGGAGCGUUCCCUAGCCCUCGGCGGGAGGAAGGAGCGUGCCCUAGCCCUCGGCGGGAGGAAGGAGCGUGCCCUAGCCCUCGGAGGGAGGAAGGAGCGUGCCCUAGCCCUCGGAUGGAGGAAGGAACGUGCCCUCUAAAGGAGGGAGAGGCGUGCCCUAGCCCUCGGCGGGAGGAAGGGGCGUGCCCUAGCCCUCGGCGGGAGGAAGGGGCGUGCCCUAGCCCUCGGCGGGAGGAAGGGGCGUGCCCUAGCCCUCGGCGGGAGGAAGGGGCGUGCCCUAGCCCUCGGCGGGAGGAAGGGGCGUGCCCUAGCCCUCGGCGGGAGGAAGGGGCGUGCCCUAGCCCUCGGCGGGAGGAAGGGGCGUGCCCUAGCCCUCGGCGGGAGGAAGGGGCGUGCCCUAGCCCUCGGCGGGAGGAAGGGGCGUGCCCUAGCCCUCGGCGGGAGGAAGGGGCGUGCCCUAGCCCUCGGCGGGAGGAAGGGGCGUGCCCUAGCCCUCGGCGGGAGGAAGGGGCGUGCCCUAGCCCUCGGCGGGAGGAAGGGGCGUGCCCUAGCCCUCGGCGGGAGGAAGGGGCGUGCCCUAGCCCUCGGCGGGAGGAAGGGGCGUGCCCUAGCCCUCGGCGGGAGGAAGGGGCGUGCCCUAGCCCUCGGCGGGAGGAAGGGGCGUGCCCUAGCCCUCGGCGGGAGGAAGGGGCGUGCCCUAGCCCUCGGCGGGAGGAAGGGGCGUGCCCUAGCCCUCGGCGGGAGGAAGGGGCGUGCCCUAGCCCUCGGCGGGAGGAAGGGGCGUGCCCUAGCCCUCUAAAGGAGCAGGAGCCCAAAGAGUCUCUCUCAGGUGCUGAACCGGCGCAGGAGAUCCAGGUGACCGUUACCCUGACGGAGGGCCCGGAGUCUCCCCAGAGGUCUGGAACUCUAGUGGGCGUGUCACCGCUCGCCUCCCAGAGUCUCGCCGCACCCAGGGCCGACGACGACCAACAGGAACUGGAAAAAUCGGACUCGCCAGAAGGAACAAAAAGGGCGGCGCAUGAGAAGGCGUUGCCCCACAAUGCAGAGGAGACCAAAUCGGAGGACUCCAAAACCACUUUUACUCCGCCCACCAAAGAAAUAUCCCAUGAGCCUUUGGAGGAGACUACCGAGGAGCCCCCUGUAGAGGAGAAGCCUAUGGAAGUAGCACCUGUGGAAAGGACACCUUCGGAUUUGAAACAGGCUGUUGAGGAGAAUGUUCUGGAACCUAUGCAGGAGGAGCAGGGUGCAGUUGCAGAAAAGGAGGUUGUGCAGAAGUUGCAGAAGGAGUUAGAGGAUGAGGGGGAGGAUUUGCCUCCAAUUGUGUUAGAUGAGGGGGAGGUGUUGCCUUCAAAUAUAUUGCCUGUUGAAGAGGAUACAAUCAGAGAAAAGGAGCUUAGUCCCAUGGCUGAACUUCCUGAAUGGAAGAGCACGGUAGACAUGGAUACCACGGUAGAAAUGGAUACUACCCCUGCCAGCGACUGCAGCUUCUCGGACUUCGGCUCUCCGAGGGGAGAGAGCAGAGCCCCUAAGGCCUCCCCUGGAAUGUCUCCCGAACUCUCGUUUAGGCUGGCCCCGUCCCCCUUCUCUACAGAGGCCUCCCCUAGGAAAGCCAGCCCACCCCAGGUUCAGGUCCAAAUCCAGGCCCAGGCUUCAUCUCAGGUCCAGCCUUAUCCUGGAUACAGUGCUAGUGUGCCUCCCACCAACACAACCUUUAUUCCCCUCACCCCCAAGAUUGGAAUGGGGAAGCCUGCCAUCUCCAAGAGGAAGUUCUCCCCAGGGAAGCCAAGGGUGAAGCAGGGAGCAUGGAGUAACCGUAGGGCUGCGAGCCCCCCCUCUUGGUCCCAGCAGGACCCCUCGGAGGGGGGGUGGGAUGGCCCACAAACCAGGCAGCUGCAAGAGGCACCCGUCUGGAGCAUGAGAGUGGGUCGUGGUUCAACCUUCCCUGGAAGGCGGAGACCCCGGGGGGCCAACCUGUCUGGGCGCGGGGGCCGCGGACGCUCCCGAGGACUCAAGGCCUACACCAGCUUUGCCGUAACACCUGGGGCCAGUUUUGUGGAGCAGCCGUACCUGGUGGUGGAGGAGAACACAAUGCAUAACACUGUGGUCAUGUUCUCAACCUCGGACCACUUCACACUCAGACAGGACAUGUGUGUGGUGUGUGGGAGUUUUGGCCAGGGGGCCGAGGGCAGAUUGCUGGCCUGCUCUCAGUGUGGCCAGUGUUACCAUCCCUUCUGUGUCAACAUCAAGAUCACCCGGGUGGUGCUGAGUAAAGGAUGGCGCUGUCUGGAGUGCACAGUGUGCGAGGCGUGCGGCCAGGCCAGCGACCCGGGCCGCCUGCUGCUAUGUGACGACUGUGACAUCAGCUACCACACCUACUGCUUGGACCCGCCCCUACAGACAGUGCCCAAGGGCAGCUGGAAGUGCAAGUGGUGUGUCUCCUGUACCCAGUGCGGUGCCACCUCCCCUGGCCUGAGGUGUGACUGGCAGAACCACUACACCCUGUGUGGCCCCUGUGGCAGCCUGACAUCCUGCCCGGUGUGCAUGCACAGCUACCGUGAGGACGAGCUCAUCGUGCAGUGCCGCCAGUGUGACAGGUGGGUCCACGCAUGUUGCCAGGGCCUGAACACGGAUGAGGAGGUGGAGAAUGCAGCGGAUGAUGGCUUUGACUGCACCAUGUGUCGAUUGCACGCUCUGCCUUCACAGGGCAAAAUGAAAGCCCUCCUGUCUGAUGGCUGCGAGGCCCCGAUGGUGACCCAGAUGGUGACUAAAAUAAGAGAGCAAGCCAAUCAGAAGACAUACACCCAGGAUGGGGUGUGUCUGACAGAGUCGGGCAUGUGCCAGCUGCAGAGCCUGGUGGUGCCCUCUUCGUCGACCCGCCGAGGACAGAACAGGCGACCCAAACCCAAGCUCAAGCUGAAGAUCAUAAAUCAGAACAGUGUAGCUGUGCUCCAGACUCCACUGGACCCCCACUACUUAGAGCUGUCCCAGGACGGGUACAUGGACAACAAUCGAGGGGACCUCAUGAUGUACUGUGACGUUAAGUCUGAGUCCAGCCCGGAACGGGAGCCCGUCGACGACGACGCCAAGGGUGCCGAAGACACCGACGGCAACAAGAAGAGGAAGAGGAAACCGUACCGGCCCGGUAUUGGAGGGUUUAUGGUCCGCCAGAGAAGCAGGACGGGACAAGGAAUAGCCAAACGAUCCCUAUCCAGGAAAGACUCGACGUGGUCGUUACCUGAGAACCCAAUGUGCAAAGAGGAGGGGUGGAACGAGACAGAGAGUACUCCAGUGGAGGAGACCCCACCGGUGCCUGAAUGUCAGGAGAAAGUCAAGAAAAGAUACCGCAAAAAGAAAACCAAACUGGAAGAGGAGUUUCCUUCAUACCUGCAGGAGGCCUUCUUCGGGAAGGGGCUGCUGGACAAGAGCAAGCAGAGCAGGCAGGCAGGCCUGGUGACCACGGGGCUCUGUGAGGAGCUGCUGGACAAGUGCAAGCAGAGCAGUCAGGCAGGCCUGGUGACCACGGGGCUCUGUGAGGAGAGCCCAGGGGCCCAUGCAGAGACCAUAAUCCCCAGCGCCAGCUUCCUGGAUCCCUUGUCGGACCCGCUGCUCAGUGCUACCUCCACCACCACACCCAUCUACAGCAAAGCAGGACUGCCCAAUACCGAGGAUCCCUUAGUGGACCUUUCGGAAGUCCUGAGCACGGAUGCAGAUCUCCUGGGAAUGCUGUCGGAUGAUCUGGUGAAGUCGGGGCACAACUCAGGUCUUGAUUUAUGCCCUUUCCAAGUCGACUGCUCUUCCUCUCCGUUUGCUGGUCUGGACAUGGACCCCAUACCUGAUGAUCCCACUGGGCCCUGUCAGGGUUCGGCAGGCCAGGGGUCCAGGGCUCUACAGGAGGAGCCUCUGGACGUCAUCCUGAGUCCAGAACUGGACAAGAUGGUCGCAGAUGGUGCAAUUCUCAGUAAGCUCUACAAAAUCCCAGAGCUGGAGGGUAAAGACGUGGAGGACCUCUUCACAGCGGUCCUGAGUCCCAGCACCAGCCAGCCUCCACAGCUGCCUCACCCCCAACCGGCCCACCCUGGGCCCAAUGUACCUAGAGCCGUGGCCAUUCCAAACCCAGGCGACCAUGGGAUGUUUCCCCGCAUGCCAAUGAUAAACGGCAUGAUGGGGCCCAACCCCCACUUUCCUCCAACUCCCAUGAUGCCCGGCAGCACAGGCCAAUGUGGCCUGGGAAACUUCUCGCCCAUUCACAGAAUGCCUUUCCCAGACAAGAUUAGGGACAAGAAGUUUAGCCAGAUGGGGGGUGAUGUGGUUGGUUCGUGGAGCGCCCCCAGCUCUGUCCCCGUCCCUGGCCCUGUUCCCCCUCCAGAGGGAGAGACAGACACCAUGUCCAACGCCCAGAGGAGCACGCUCAAGUGGGAGAAGGAGGAGACUCUGGGCGAGAUGGCCACCGUGGCGCCAGUCCUCUACACCAAUGUCAACUUCCCCAACCUCCUAGAGGAGUUCCCAGACUGGGCUAUGAGAGUGAAACAAAUCGCAAAGUUAUGGAGGAAAGCCAGUUCCCAGGACAGGGCCCCAUAUGUGCAAAAAGCACGGGAUAACCGGGCGGCCCUGCGCAUAAACAAAGUUCAGAUGUCAAAUGAUACGCUGAAGAGACACCAGCAUCCUCAGCAGCAGCAGCCGCUGUUGACUGACACCUUUGACCCCAAUAGUAUCCCCUUGGACACUGAGCUGCUCUUCAAAGACUCUCUCAAGCCCAAGGAGUCUGAACACGAGCAGGAGUGGAAGUUCAGACAGGGAGAGUUAAAUCAGAUGUGGGGACCCCUUAAGAAGCAGCAGGAAAAGGUCCCAAAAAGCAAAGCCAUAAAAUCAACAAAUAAAGACGUCCUUUUUGGACAUUCCAACCAGGCAACUAUAGCUGCAGGAGGUGGAAAAAAUUCUCUGCAAAUGAGACAAAAGAGCAAGCAGCAGGCGAAGAUUGAAGCCACUCAAAAGCUGGAGCAGGUUAAAAAUGAGCAGCUCCAGCAACAACAACAACAACAACAACAACAACAGCAGCUGUUUAGCAGUCAGGCAGGUGGAGAUACAACCCCUAAUAGUGGUAACCAGAGCCCCGUGACUCCUCAGCCCAGCAAUGGAGGAAAGUCUGGAAACUCGUCCCCACUGCAGCCAAUAGCGUCUAAGGAUGGCUUCGCUAGACCACAACUCCCGGGCACAUCCACCUCUGGGUCACAGGAUGACGUGUUCCUCAGACCCCAGCUCCCACCUCCGUCCUCGAGGACACCCACCCAGGAGACCUCGUACCCUCAGCAGGGACCAUCCUCCCAGCCCCAGUCACCACAUAUGUUUUCCCCGGAUUCCUCCUCAGGCUCCCGGCCGUCCUCGCCCUGGGACCCAUACGCCAAAAUGGUGGGCACCCCGAGACCGCCCCCUGGGGGUGGUGGAUCCACCACGCCCCGGCAGAACUCUCUGUCGGAGAUGCAGGAAAGGGGAGGGAGGCCUUCCCCGGCCCACGAGUCGUUUGUCUUGCCCAAGUCUGGUAAUGCUGACCCCUAUGCUAAGAUGCCAGACACCCCCAGGCCCCCCGACCCCUUUGUUAAACCCAUGGGACCCGCCAAGGUGGGCCCUUCAGGACUGGUUGAGCAGCAGCAACACCAGCAGGUCAGGCACAACAUGAUGAGCCCUCCUUCUGGAGGAGAGACUUUUUCCAGGAUGGGCGGACACCGAGCCGAGGUCUACCAGCGCAUGUCUCACAACCGCAUGAUCCUCUCGGACCCCUACUCCAGGCCCUUGCUCACUCCCAUCCCUGGCAGCAACGAGUCAGGAUCUGUCCCGGUGUUCAAAGCCCCCAUGCCUCCCCAGCAGUCCCAGCAAGAGCCCUAUGGUGGCCCUAUGCCUGGGGGACUUAAACGAGGGCCAUCUGAUGGCUUUCCCCAAGGACUACAGGCCGACCCUUACGCCCAGCAGCCUCUCACCCCCCGGCCACCCAUGGGGGAAGGGUUCCCCAACGAGCCCAAGAUGAUGCGCCAAACCCAGGAGGGCCAUUUCUCUCAACCCAUGCCAAUGAUUAGACACCCUCACAGAAACCCGUAUGCACAAGUGCCAUCUACCCCGAGACCGGAUUAUUCACAGCAGAUGUCUGACCCUUUCGCCCAACCACCAGGCACCCCCAGACCUCACUCUGAUAGCUAUGCUCAACCUCCCGGCACCCCAAGGCCACACUCGGAUCCCUCAUACCUGCAGACGCCGCCUAGCCUUCGUCUAGACCAGUUCCCCCAGCAGCACCCACCCAAUCACAGACCGUCUCCAUCUCACUCCAUGGAUCCUUAUGCUUCCAUGCCAGGUACCCCCAGACCAGCCCCAGGGGAUAGGUUUCCCAAAUCCCCCGGUAGUCAAAGGAACAUGGACCCGUAUGCCCAACAACCCGGAACACCAAGACCGCUCCUCGCUGACCCUUACGCACAAGCUCCAGGGACGCCGCGGCCAGAAGCAGGCCCUGAUGCCUUCAAUCGACUAUGCUCCAGACCGACACCCAUGUCCCAGCUCCCAGCUGACCCAUUCUCCCACCAGUCUCCGGGCAGGGUGCAGGACGGGUUUGCCUGUACAAGCGCCCAGGGAUCUCAGACAGCUAAGCACCCGGGAAUGUCGGACGAAAGUUUCUCUCUGCCGCAGUCGAAUCAUCACGGUGGUCAAACGCAGAUUCACGAUCCCUUUGAACUGGGUCCAAUGACACCUUAUGCCCAAACUUCGGAAAGGCAGGCCCAUGAUAUCCCUCAGUCUAGCAGCAACACCGUUGACACUCAGAACAGCAUGCUACCACACCUGGGAGACACUGAGGAGAAGCUCAGACAGCGCCAGAGACUGCGCCAGCAGAUCCUUAGGCAGCAGCAACAGAAGUCUGCCAUCCGGCAAGAGAAAGGACUACUACAGGAAACUGUUGCAGCCCCCAGCCCGGGGACGCCCCGCCACUGGUCACAUGAAGAUCCCGCCCCACAGAAUGACAUGUUCGGCAGACCACCACCACCUUACCCAGGACCCAUGAGAGGAGGUCAGAGGUUCCCUGGUACCUUUCUAGGGGACCAGCGAGAACACUUCCCCAAUGAGGGCCAGUAUGCCAGACCCCACUUCCCCAGGGACAUGGGCAACAUGGGCAUGAGGCCACAAGAAAUGAGGUUUGGAUUCCCUCCCAGUGCUCAAGGAUCCCUUCAACCAGGCCAGGAGCAACACUUCCUCAGGCCCCUUAACCAGAUGCCCGGCGGGCCCAUGGUCGACAAUGUUCCACCCCAGAUGAGAAUGUCCCACUCGGUGGACUUUUCCAGGGGGGUCAUGGGGGGCAACACUCAGAUGGGGCUCCCCCAGCCCUUCCCCCCACAGGGCCUUCCUGUCCAGCAGCACAACAUCAUGGGUCAGCCGUUCAUCGAGCUCCGUCACAGGGCCCCUCAGAACAGGAUGAGGAUGCCCUUUGGGCAUGGACCUCCCAAUGUCAUGGACCCCUCCAACCAGCCCCAGAUACCACCCCAGGGCUUCAUGGAAGGCCAGGAGAUGGGCUUCGCUGGGAACCAGUUAUCCAGAAUGAUGGACCCCAUGAUGGACAGACCUUCCCAGGGAUCGGUCGUUCACACACACAUGUCGGCUAGUAUGGAGAACCUGCACCAGCAGCAGACUGAAGUCCCGAUGACCAUAGGGCAGCGACAGCAUCCUUCACUGAAUAGGUCCCUCAGCCACCCUGUCACUGGUGAGCCACUCAAUGCAGCGCCAUCUAGUAUGCUCUUGCCUGGGUCUAGCACCGGUCAAACGGAGGAGACUCAGAUACCCAGUGGAGAUGGAAUUGAGGAACACUUGGACGCUGAAGACUCCGCAGUAAAGGACCUUGAAGAUGUGGAGGUCAAAGACCUGGUCGAUCUGAACCUGAACCUGGACCCGGAUGAUGGCAAAGACCUUGAACUGGGACCCAAUGACCUGCACCUCGACGACUUCCUCAUGUCAGGGAAGUUUGACCUCAUCGCCUACACGGACCCCGAGCUCAACCUGGAUGACAAGAAAGACAUGUUCAGUGAAGAAGAUCUGGACCUGGGCGACCCUAUGGAGGACCACCAACAGGGUGAGACCUCAGACCUCCAGAAAGCCUUGUCAGAGAAGAGGAAAGGCAGCGUGGAUGGCGCAGCCACCUCGUCCCGAUCCGGGGGGAAAUCUGACAAACCGGAGGCCAAUCAAGCGAAAGAGACCUUGGACAUGUUUAAAACCGAGGAUACAAUCAAAACGGAGGUCAAAGAUGAACACGUGCAACACCAGGACCAGUCUCUCUGCAGUGGCCCGAUGAAUGACAACAGAACCAUGACAAACCAAGAGGGUGCAGGGCUGUAUGAGCAGCCUGGACGGACUGACUCCGGCUCAACUCCGGUCCUCUCCUGCCUUCUGAUCAAAGAAAAACUGGAAAACACUGGGUUUGGCCCAAACUGCUCUCCUCACCAAGGGGACAUGGCUGCCCAGGCCACCGGGCUACACCCAAGCACCGGCAUGCUGAUGCUACCUAGGCAACACGCCCAAGACAACAACAGGCUCAAUCCCAGCGUGGCUAUGGGACAUCGGGUGAGCCCCACGUUGGUUCAGAGCAGACUUUCAAUGGGAAACCUCAUCUCAGGGGGCAACCACAGCUUCGGGUCCUCAGCCAACCAACAGGUGGAGCUCAACCUAGCCAUGGUUGGAGCCGGUCAGCAGCCCACUGCCCACGGCCUGAACCCCCAGGGCCAGCAGGGCAUGUUCCCCCAACAGCAGGGCCCCUCGCUGGGGCAGGCCGGCCCACAGAACAGGCCUCUGCUGCUGGAAGAGCAACCCCUCCUCCUACAGGACCUGCUGGACCAGGAGAGGCAGGAGCAGCAGCAACAGAGGCAAAUGCAGGCCAUGAUCCGACAGCGCUCCAGCGACUCCUUCUUCCCCAAUAUGGACUUUGAUGCCAUCACGGACCCGAUCAUGAAGGCCAAGAUGGUAGCUCUGAAGGGAAUCAAUAAAGUCAUGGCUCAAAACAGCAUGGGAAUGCCCCCAAUAGUCAUUAACAGAAUUCAGCAGACGCCAGGAGCACAUGGACCAGAUGCUGCCGCCACUCUGCCUCAACAUGUGCUUGGACAGGACGGGAAGUUGGCUCCACAGAUGGCGAGACCAAACCCCCCAAAUUUUGGACCUGGAUUUGUCAACGACAGCCAGAGGAAGCAGUAUGAAGAGUGGCUCCAGGAGACCCAGCAGCUGCUCCAGAUGCAGCAGAAGUUUCUAGAAGAUCAGAUUGGGGCCCACAGGAAGUCCAAGAAGGCCCUGUCGGCCAAACAGCGGACCGCCAAGAAGGCGGGCCGGGAGUUCCCUGAGGAGGACAUCGAGCAGCUGAAGCAUGUGACCGAGCAGCAGAGUGUGGUGCAGAAGCAGUUGGAGCAGAUUCGGAAACAGCAGAAAGACCAUGCAGAGCUGAUAGAGGAGUACCGUGUCAAGCAGCAGCAGCAACAGCAACGGCCAAGUCUCCAGGCUCCUAUGAUGCCAGGGAUGCCACCCAUGCCUGUGAUGCCUACUCAAGCUGCCACUAUGAUGCCUGGAGCGCCCCCUAUGGGCCAGCCCAUGAUGGGGCCCAUGAUGCCAAUGCAGCCCCACCCCAGCCAACAUAACCCUGCCCGCAUUCCCAACAUGCCAGGCUGGCACCCAGGGGGAGCCCAAGGACUGAUGGGAGGCCCAGGUCCAAGAAUUCCAGCUCACAUGCCCCCACAGAUGCCCCAUGCCAGCCCUGCCCAGUUGCCACCGCCCCAGUUACCACCCCAAGCCCAACUACCACCACAGCCCCCACCCUCAAUGGUGCCUGGCGCAAAAGCUACACCAACGGGAAACGGAACAGGUGCCCAGGGAGCCAGCGGUGGAAGUGGUGGCAACAGCCUCGCUGUGAAAUUUGACGACAACAACCCAUUCAGUGAGGGCUUCCAGGAGCGCGAGAGGCGGGACCGCCUGAGGGAGCAGCAGGAGAGACAGCGGGUCCAGCUUAUGCAGGAGGUGGAGAGGCACCGGGCCAUGCAGCAGCGGCUGGAGAUGGAGCAGCAACGCCUGGGUCUGGGGCCUACUGGGCUCCCAUCCGGCUCUGGAGCUACAAACCCCGGAGGGGAUAGCCUGGCCCACAUGCCAUUCUACAGUACUGAUCUGCCCCAAGACUUCAUGCAACCCUCUAGGCCUCAACAACAGCAGGGGCAGCUAGGGCCCAUGUUCCCCGAGCAGAGCAACAUGCAGCCAAGCUUCACCACCACUGGCGGGCCACUCCCAGGUCAGGGCUUCAUGCCUGAUGGUGAGCGCAGGUCCAUGCCUGGGAACAGGGUAUUUGGUAGUCCCGAGAUGGGUCCCAAUUUCCAGUCCAAAAUCCCCAUGCUACAGGGGCUUAACUACCCUCCUGGACAGCCCCGUCCCGCUGGGUUCAGAGGCCGUGGGAUGAUGCCUCAGGUUGGGGGCGAGGGACAUGGACCCCCGUUCGGAAUGGACUCAUCCACCCCCCUACCUCCCAACUACCCCGGCUCAGGCCAGUCCUUGAUCCAGCUCUACUCCAACAUCAUCCCAGAGGAGAAGGCCAAGAAGAAGAGGAACAGGAAGAAGAAGAGAGACUCUGUCGACGACGCAGACUCAGUCAAGACCCCAUCCACUCCCCACUCAGACCUCUGCGCCCCACUGACUCCCUCCCACGUGUCUGACACCUCAUCCACCCCCACCCGGAGCCUCAGCAUUCCUGGAGAGCAGGAUCUGUCUGAUCUUUUCCUCCCUGUGGGGUCCUCGGGUUUGGCCCCCUCCUCAGAACUGGAGAGGCAGCUCUCGGGCAGCAGCUUAGCCCAGGGUGGGCUCUCCAACAUGGGCUCGGAGAAUGACCGGGCCUCCCUGUUUGACGAAACCCUCCAAAUCAAGCUGGAGAGGAUAGAGACUGAGUGCAGAGGGGCCGUGGCAGCCAACGAAGGGUCUGUCUUGCGGCACGGUCCCCGAGCCGGGGGGAUAGUGAAGGAGGAGGAGGGAAGCGAGGGUGGACUCUCUUCGCCACUCCAUGGCACCAAAGGGGGUGACACAGGGAAUGAGCUGCUUAAGCACCUGCUGAAGAACAAGAGUACGCCCCCGCCAGGUGCCAGUGCCAACCAGACCCCUCCCACACAGCAGAUGUCCUGCAACAGCCUUAGCUCAGAGCAGGAGGCCUCGGCAGACCUCAAAGCCACCGCCAGGCCGGCCUCCACCACCAACAACAUGACUCCCCCACACAGUCAGCUGACAGGAAGCACAGAGCUUCUAGAACCCUCGGUUCCGGCACAGGGCAAAAGGAAGCAGCAACGCAACAAACGGACGCCCAAAAACGGGGCAGAGAAACCGCCGUCACGCUACAAGAGGAGGAAGAAGGAGGAAGAGGAGAGGCAGAUCGGUUAUUCCAGUACUGACAGUCUGACCCAGCUCAAACGGCAGCUCUCUCUGCUGCCCCUGAUGGAGCCCCUAAUGGGGGUCAACUUUGCCCACUUCCCACCGUUCGGCAGCGGGCAGGUCAACGGGGAGAACAGGCUGUCGGGCUCCUUCGGCAGCGCCUCUCUGGACGGCGUGUCAGACUACUAUUCACAGCUCAUCUACAAGCAGAACAACUUGAGCAACCCACCUACCCCUCCUGCAUCACUCCCACCCACGCCACCUCCCAUGGCGAGGCAGAAGAUGGUCAACGGGUUCGUCACGGCCGAGGACCUCGCCAGGAAAGCUGCUGUCUUGGGCGGCCAUGAUGUGAUCAAAGGACUGGGAGCCAAGCAGCUGCCUACAGCGUUCCGGACAGAGGAAGACCUCAUGGCCCAUGACAUCACCCAGGGGCCCAAGACAGUGGACGUUCCCGCCUCGCUCCCCACACCACCCCAUAACAACCAGGAGGAACUCAGGGGCCAGGACCACUGUGUAGACAGGGACACCCCCGACGGCUUUGUCCCCUCCUCAUCCCCCGAGAGCGUAGUCGGCAUGGAGAUCAGCCGCUACCCCGACCUGUCAAAGGUCAAGGAGGAGCCCACCUCGCCUUGCUCCUCUCCCGUCAUACCCAUGCUGCCUAGCGCCAGCGGGAAAGGAACUGAGAUAAAGCAAGAGGUCAAAACUGAACCCUCAAGCUCCUUCUUCGGGUCCCAGUUUGGACAGCCUCCAUCCUGCGCCAAAGCUGGCCUGGUAUCCAUAGAAAUCACCUUGAAUCCGGUCUCAGCGGAGAACAUCCCUGGCGUUGUGGCUGCGGUGGCAGAUCUACUGCGUGUGACCAUCCCCGGCAGCUACGAGGUGAGCCGCAGCCCAGAGCGCAGCUCCCUGGCCUUACUGGCUGGACUCAAGGUGCCUCAGACCCAGGGAAUGGACCCCCUUCACGUAUCCAUGUUUCCCCAGCACCAGCAGCCCCCCACCAUGAGGUCCCUGAGACCCCCCGGAUCACCCAACCAUCCCAGAAUUAGCCAGCCAUUUCAGCCCAUUGGCCCGCCCACCAGCGCAGGUUCAGCUGCCAGGGGGGAGGGGCCUAAACCCCAGUGGUGCUGCCACUGCAAGGUGGUGGUUCUGGGAAACGGAGUGCGCAAGUCCACCAAAGACCUAGCCUGCAGCAAACGGGAGAGACCGAGCCAGGUCUUCUGCAGCCGCAACUGUUUUGUCCUCCACACCGCAGCCACACAGUCCAAAGCCACAGACAGUAAGCCAAACAUGUCUCCUCUCUUGGCUGAGUCGUCGGUCAAAGAGAGCCCGUCUAAGGUGCUUCACCAGUAUAGCAACAACAUGUCCACACUGGACGUCCGCUGCCUGGCAAAGCUGCAGCCCAAACAGUCUGCCCCCUCCAGCCCCCCUCCCAUCUCCUUCCCCACAGAGAAACCUAAGCCGGACACCCUCAAGAUGACGGUCAAGCUCAAGCCAAGGCCCCGAGCAGUCCACUCUGCCAGCGGGGGUGGUGAUGACAUGUCGCCCCGCCACCACAAGCGCUGGAAGGGCCUGCGCUGGCGCAAGUGGAAUGUACACGUCAUGUUUCCCACUAGAGGCAGCCUGCUGUCCUCUCUGCCCGGUGAGGAUGAGGUGGAUGAGCUGCUGAGGAAGCUGGGUGCCUCUCUGCGUCCCGAUCCCCUCCCCCGGGACCUGCGGCGUUGCUGCUUUUGCCACGAGGAGGGCGAUGGCAUGACAGACGGGCCCGCACGCCUCCUCAACCUGGACCUGGACCUGUGGGUACACCUGAAUUGCGCCCUGUGGUCAUCUGAGGUGUAUGAGACGCAGGCAGGUGCCCUGAUCAACGUGGAGCUGGCACUGCGGAGGGGCAUGGCGGUGCACUGCACCUACUGCCAGCAGACAGGCGCCACCAGUGGCUGCCACCGGCUGCGCUGCGGCAACGCCUACCACUUCACAUGCGCGCUCAAGGCCCAGUGCACCUUCUUCAAGGACAAGACAAUGCUGUGUCAACUGCACCGGCCCCGUGGCGAUGGGAGAGGAGGCGACAGGGCCGUGGCGCCCGCCACUACCCACCACGACCAGGAGCUGCGAUGCUUCACAGUGUUCCGCCGCGUCUAUGUGCAGCGCGACGAGGCGCGGCAGAUGGCCAGCAUCGUGCAGCGUGGCGAGCGCCGGCACACGUUCCGCGUGGGAAGCCUGGUGUUCCACACCGUGGGUCAGCUGCUGCCCCAGCAGAUGGCUGCCUUCCACUCAGCGAACGCCAUCUUCCCCGUGGGCUACCGGGCCAGCCGCAUCUACUGGAGCACACGCCAAGGCAACCACCGAUGCCGCUACCUGUGCUCGGUGGAGGAGAACGAGGGCCAGCCGGAGUUUGUGGUGCGGGUGAUAGAGCAAGGCUACGAUGACCUGGUGCUCACCGGCGCCUCACCCAAAGGUGUAUGGGACAAGAUUCUAGAGCCUGUGGCUGACCGGCGUAACGAAUCAGGAACUCUGAAACUGUUCCCCGUCUACUUGAAGGGAGAGGACCUGUUUGGAUUCACCGUCACCGCCGUCACCAGGAUCGUAGAAUCGCUCCCCGGAGUGGAAGCCUGUGACAGAUAUACUUUCCGGUUCGGACGCAACCCUCUCAUGGAGCUCCCCUUGGCCAUAAACCCAACUGGCAGUGCCCGCUCAGAACCCAAGGCCUGCAGCCAUGUCAAGAGGUUGGUGUUAAGACCUCACACUUUGUCCAGCACCGGUAUCGUCUCCUCUAAGUCCAUGCAGACGGUUGGCAGCGUGGGUGUGGUGGAAGCACCGGAAGAGGUGAUCCCCAAGCAGUUUGCAUCCGUCCCCUUCCAGUACCGACGCAUGAAAGCUGAGUGGAAGAGCAACGUGUACCUGGCGCGCUCCCGCAUUCAGGGGUUGGGUCUGUACGCCGCCAGGGACAUUGAGUCCCACACCAUGGUGAUUGAGUACAUUGGUACCCUCAUUCGCAACGAGGUGGCCAACCGGAUGGAGAAGAUGUACGAAUCCCAGAACCGUGGAGUCUACAUGUUCCGUCUGGACAGUGAGCAUGUUGUCGAUGCCACCAUCACUGGCGGACCAGCAAGAUACAUCAACCACUCCUGCGCCCCCAACUGCAUCGCCGAGACCGUGAGCUUGGAGAGAGGCGACAAGAUCGUCAUCAGCUCUUGCCGCAAUAUCCAGAGAGGAGAAGAGCUGUGCUACGACUACAAAUUUGACCUGGAGGACGACCAGCAUAAGAUCCCGUGUCACUGUGGUGCGGUUAAUUGCCGGAAAUGGAUGAACUAGAACAGAAAGAAUUGGGGCAAAAUACAGGCUACAACACUUCCAAAUGAUGGCGCAUUCCUUAUCUUUUUAUAUGCUUGUUGGUUCAUCAGCUGAAAAACAUUGUAUUACUUAAACAAAGACAACUUAUCAGGGCAAGACACUGACCGCAGAACUGUUAGAGAAGACUAAAGAGGGAAGGGGCAUCGCAGGCACGAAGACAAUUCUUUUUGAGGCUGAGAACCGAGUCUUUCACUUAUAUAAAUGGAUUAAGGGGAGGGUGUUUUGGGGUAGAAUUCACCAGUUGACCAGGAGAGUUUUGUGCUGGCCACCGCCUUAUUUAGUUAGAGGCAGGUCCUCUGGAUUAUGAAAUAUAUACAAAUAUAUAUAUAUAUAUACAUAUAGUUACAGAAAUGUAGACACCACUGAACAAGGAAUGUACAGAGAAGACUUCCUUAGGGACAAAGCUAAGGGAUUAUUAACUUGCACUAAAACAAAUUUAGUCGAACAUACUUGAUUCCAUGAGUCAGUUUUUUUCCUUUUAUGUAAAAUACGAGAAUUUUUGUAUUUAUUAUCGAAUCGCCGGCAAACUGCUGCCCAGGUUUUCAGUCUGAUCAGAACGUGUUACUUUAUACAAAGUGUAAAUAGUCAAUUAAGUAAACAAUUGACCAAAUGCUACCAUGGCUGUUUGGGUGAAUUACAUUUUUUUUUGACAAAAGUAUUUAAGAAGGAUGUCAUAUCAUUCUAAGAGUUUAUGUGCUGUAUAAAACUGUACAGAAUGUGUAAAAAAAAAAAAUCUAGAGUAUUUUUGUUGUAUUUAGAAUUAAGUUGCGUUGUCAAAUUCUGACCACUUGAAGAAUAUGCUUUGCGUUUAAUUUUCCUUAGAUCAAUUUCUGUUUGCAUUGACACGCGCAAUCAAAGAAUUGCAGAGAGCACCAAUCACAUCGAGACGACUGAAAUCCUAACCCUAGUUAAUCUGAUGUGAAUGUAGAAUUAGAGAGAACUGUGAAUUUAAGGUUGAAAGCCACCCAUACCAUCAGUUUGCUUCUUUAACUGUAUGUGUACAGCAGUCACUCUGAGAUUCACCUCAUGCAGAUAAUGCUGUGCUUGGGGGGGGGGAAUAUUUUUUCUUACCAGUUGCAGGAGACUCAAUUAUUUACUUUUCACAUAAAAUGAUUUCUGUUUUUUGUUUACAUUUCUUAAACAUUCUGUUUAGUGCUGGCUAGUUGAGAAAAAAAUAUGCUACUGUAUGAUGUUUUUGAUUUCUUUACACUCAAUCACGAAAAUUGGAAUCUGGUACUAGCAUUUCGUUGACCAGUUUGAAAUGAAGUUUUCAUUUGUGUGCACAAAAGUUGGUAUAUUCAGUCUCGUUGUAAUAAACAGUACAUGGCAUGAUGUCUUUUUAAACUUUCAGAAGAAUCAAUUGUAUAUAAUUUUCCAUAAUGGUUAAUGAAAUUUGUUUCUCGGAUAUUUUCUCCUCUUGUACAAUAUUCAGACCUCUUUAAUAGUGUCUCUUUUCUUUGCCUGUAUAGUAAUGUCUAAAAAGCCUUUUUGAAGUAUACAGCGUGUGAUGGGGUUUGGAAUCAGAUUUAGGAUCAUUUACAAAAAAUAAAAUAUUUUACAUCUUAAA